UGUGGUGGUACUGUUAAAAUAACGGAGACAGAAGACAUCUUCUGCAGUGUUUUGAUUCGGCAAAGAUGUCGCGGCUUUAAUAUGUAGAUCUGAUUCAUGCACACUUGCUUGUACAUCUAGGAAACCUGACAAAUAGAUCUACCACUUCCUGAAGCAUCAGUUGAGACUUAUUUUAUCACUGUGCUGAAUGCUAUACCAAACUGUCAUCCUUGCUCCAGUAGGCUUCAGCUCUUUGAAAAAGAUGGCACUUUUCAUUUGAAGAUACAACUGGAAUCUCAUUUACUAGAGCAGUAACUAACCAGAGGGAUUUAUGGUCCGUAUGGUCUCAUAGGAGAUGAAGCAAGACUUAAUGCUAAGUUCACACUACACAACUUUAGCCCAAAUUUUCCACUCACUGAUGGUUUUUGGAGAUUAGCGACAAAACCCCUAGAUCGGAGGCAAAUCGCUGCUUAUCCGGUGCUUGCACAUUGGUGCUUGAUCGCUAUUCGUGAACUGUCCAAAGAUGUGACCCGACGUAGUCGCUAAUGCGUUGCAGACACCUGCCAGAUGUUUAGCAUGCUAAAUAUCUGGACCUGACAGCAACUGCAAAUCAACUGGCAAUGAGCUACAGCCAAUGAGAAUGCAAGAAAUGAGGUCAGCCUGCAGUGCCUGGAGCGAUUCCUUUACCUGUUUCACUGUGUGCGACACCUCGACCGACUCGGAAGCGAGGAUGAGGUGAAGUUCUGCUCCGACAUGAGUGGUGCCAGCAACACUCUGGCCCGCGAAUUCCUGACCGAUGUGCACCAGCUGUGCAGCGCCGUGGCCCAGCGGGUCGAGGAGGAUGAGGAGAACCAAAGCCACAUGGCGGCACUGGGGGAGUACCUGGUGCUGGGCCGCGGCUUCCUGCUGCUCAGCACCCUGGACUCUGUCAUUGACCAGGAGCUGACCUGCCGGGAGGAGCUGCUCACACUGUUGCUGUCCCUGCUGCCGCUGGUCUGGAAGAUUCCCGUGCAGGAGGACAAAGCCGGAGAUUUCUCACUCCCGCUGCUGCCCGACAUCGUUGCAGUCCGAGACGGAGCAGCCAUCCCCACGAGACCGGGGCAGGAGAGGGGCGGAACAGAGAAGCGGCCGGCCGUGGACUGCAAGUCACGGCGGCAGCGGCGCACGGCCCAGCGCUACUCCGUGAGGGAUGCGCGCAAGUCACAGCUCUCCACUUCCGACUCAGACGCCAACUCGGACGACAAGGCCGCUGGCCUGGGCGGGAGAUAUCGUCGGUCACACGGCCCAUCUCUGUUGGCCAGCUGCCAGCUCCACCCGUUGGACCCCCCUGGGCGACCACUGUCACCUCCGUUGGCCCCUCCUACCGCAGAUACCAUGAACAGCAUCGAAGUCGGCGGUGAGUUGGUCCCGCGGCUCUUCGGAGUCCGGCCAGUGGACCCGGAGCCACUGAGUGAACCCACAGCACUGUCCAUCUUCAACCGCAUGGAGAACUCGCCCUUCGACCUCUGCCAUGUGCUGCUGUCUCUGCUGGAGAAGGUGUGCAGGUUUGACAUGAGCCUCAACCACAGUCCUGCACUGGCCGCCAGCGUGGUUCCCACUCUCUCAGAGAUCCUGGCCGAGUUCGGAGACUGCUGCGGUCCCGGUGGGGUCAGGGGUGGGGCCGAGGAUCUGGCUGAGGGCUGGACCGAGGAACCAGUUGCCCUGGUCCAGAGGAUGCUCCUCCGCACCAUCCUGCACUUGAUGUCUGUGGAUGUGGGCCAGGGCGAGACCCUGCCAGACAGCCUGCGGCGGAACCUGACUGACCUGUUGCGAGCUACGCUGAAGAUCCGCGGCUGCCUGGAGAAGCAGGCCGACCCCUUCGCCCCGCGGCCCAAGAAGACCCUGCUGGAGGUGCGAGAGGACUUCUCCUUCUCCCGCUACCGGCACAGGGUUCUGCUGCUUCCAGAGCUGCUGGAGGGAGUGCUGCAGGUGCUGCUGGGUUGCCUACAGGCCUCCGCCCCCAACCCGUUCUUCCUGAGCCAGGCCAUGGAGCUGGUGCACGAAUUUGUGCAGCACCGUGGCCUGGAGCUGUUUGAGGCCGCCGUGCUGCAAUUGGAGGCCCUGCGUGGACGGGACGACACGCCGGGCAGUGCGGAGGCGGCGGCACGGGCACGCCAGCUGGUCGGCGGUGUCAUGCGUAUCAUCAGCGCUGUCAAGAAGGCCAAGUCCGAGCAGCUGCACCAGUCGGUCUGCGCCCGGCGGCGGCACCGCCGCUGUGAGUACUCGCAUUUCCUGCACCACCACCGCGACCUUUCAGGGCUGCCUGUUUCUGCCUUCAAGCAGGCAGCGCGCCGCAAUCCCUUUGAGGAGGAGCCGGGGGCCGCUGAGGUGCACUACCCCGACCACUGCUGCUGCGUGGCGGCAUGCGCCCACCAGUGCCUGCGCCUCCUGCAGCACCUCCCUGCCUCGGCCACCACCUGCCUGCAGGUCCUCUCCGCAGUGCAGGCGGUGGGCAUCUGCUGCUGCAUGGACCCGCAUUCGGUGGUGACACCCCUGCUGCACGCCUUCCAGGUGCCCGAGCUGCGUGGACACCAGUCUCACAUUCUCACCAUCCUCAGCCGGCUGCUGCUGGAGCAGUUGGGGGGCGGUCGGCCCCUGGAGAGGACCAGGCUGGCCUCCUGCAAUAUCUGCACGGUGGAUGGCAGCCAGCUGCCGGGCCCAGAGGAGCCCGCCGGGCUUUCCCUGAGCCCCUCAUAUCGCUCCCAGGGCAUCCUACCCAGCGGUGGUCCCGAAGAUGUCCUGUGGAAGUGGGAGGCCCUAGAGGCCUACCGGGACUUGGCCUUCGGUGAGGAUCGGGCGCGGAACUUUCUGGUGGCGGGGCACGUGUGCCAGCUGCUGCUCCGAGGCAAUGCGGCCGUGCAGUGGCAGCUCUAUGCCCAUGUCCUCGGCCCCGCCCUGCAGCGGGGGGUGGAGCUGGCCCGGCAUGCCCGCGAGCUCGGGGUCUCCUCAGCCUGCUCCCAAGCCUGCGCCUACCACAGCCACUGCCUGCCCGUCGAAGUGCUGCUCGUGUACCUGCAGACGCUGCCCGUGCUGCUCAAGUCCAGGGUAAUCCGGGACUUGUUCUUGAGCUGCAACGGGCUGAACCAGGUGACAGAGCUGAUCUGGCUGGACUCGACACGCCCGUCUGCACUCAAGGUGCUAGAGACACUAAUCCUGACUGUGGGUGAGCAGCAGGCCGACGGCUUGAUGGAGGGGCCAGACGGCCGGGAGACGGAGGGGCCAGUGGAUGCGGCUGGGCCUCCUGAGGGACCCUGGGGACAAAUCGGAGAUGGGCCACAGAGCCUCAGGCAGUUCUAUGAGGGCCUGCGGGAGGCCUGCCCCCCCAGGCGGAGGAGCAAGGGCGGAGGAGGGCGGGGCCGGACCGAGUCCCUCCUGGCUUCUGUCAAUCUCUUCCUGUGUGUGGCCUUUCUCUGUGUCAGCAAGGAUGCAGAUUCUGAUCGGGACUCCACCAAUGACUCUGAGGACACGUCCGGCUAUGACAGCACGGCUAGCGAGCCCCUGGGGGGGCGGCUCCCCUGCCUGUCGGCCGACACCAUGACCCUCCCCCCCCAGGAGCACAUGCGACGCGCCGCCGACGUGUGGAUGGCGUGCCGCCGCGUUUACCUUGCGAGCCCCACUUUCCAGCGGCAGUUCUGCCGGCUGGGCGGCCUGGAGGCCUGCCGCAAACUGCUGGCCAUGGUGACCCAGAAGCUCAGUCCCAAAGGCCGGGACAGCCGAGCCAGGAAAUCGUGUCAGGACGAGGCCGGCCGAACACCGCAGGACAUGCAUUUCCAGGUUUCCCCGGAGCCUGCGCCCCAGGGUCCCUCCGAUCCCCCUGGAUUUGCAAAAGACGCUGCCCGGAAAACCGAGGACGAGUGGCCACUGCACUGCAUCCGGCUUCUGGAGGCCCUGCUGGCCAUCUGCCUGCACAGUGCUAGCUCAGCACUGCAGCGCCUGGAGCCAGAUCUGCCCUUCCAGACAGUGGAGGAAACACUGGCGCAGAUGAGGGGCCAGCUGUCGCGCUCAGGCUUGGUCGGUUCUGAUCUUGCCAUCCCACUAUUCAACGCCCUGCUCCACGUGGCCCAGGCGCAGGUCUGCGGUGGCCCCGACGCACCUGAGGAGAAGGCGGAGAGGAAGCAUCAGUCUGGCUUAGAGGCAUCGCUGCCCGCGGAGGACGUCUCGGAGGACGUUGACGAGCCCCCAGGCUGUGACAUCCGGCCCCCCGGGGAAGAGGAAGGCUACGAGGCAGACAGUGAGGACAACCCAGAGGACGCCAGCGACCAGGAAGAAGAGGCGAGAAUGGAGCUGUCCGGCCUGGGAGAGGACGGUCAGGGGCUGGCGGCGGCCAUGGCAGCGGUGGAGGGGUGGGCGGGGCGCGGCGCCCUGCUCUUCCCCGAGGUCUGCGCUAUGGAGCUGCUGCUGCUCUCUGCCGGCUCCCCGGAACUGGAGGUGCUCAGGCACGUGCUCCGGGGCCUGCUGGGAGCUGUCCGCAGUCACCCCCGCAAUGCCGCGCUGCUCUACCAGCAGGGUGCAGUGAAAACUAUCCUGGGGGGGUUCCAGAAUGUCUUGAACCAGACGGACCAUUCUUCCAAGGGGUGCCAGGUUCUGCUGAUGGAGCUGCUGGUUGCUAUGCUGAGUGAGCGCAUCACGGCGGAGGAGCUCUCCAUGCUGAUCCGGCUCUUCUUAGAGCAGACACCCCCCACGGAGAUCCUGCUGAGGGGAGUCCUCCAAAUCGUGGAGGCCAAUAUGGAUAUGGAACCGCUGCACUACCUGUCUUUCCCGCUGGUGCCUGGUACCUCUACCACGAGUGUCGUCUCCCCUGGGCCCAAAGCCGGUGUGGCCUGGGGGGCACCGGCUAGUUCCAAGUCCAUGGGGUUGUUGUGGCGGGGCAGGCUGACCCCGGGUCGACGGGAGGCAGAGGCUGACGGCCGGGCGGGUCACCAGCUCGCCUCACCCUGGCACGUGGCUCCCAUCCAUUUGCCACUGGUGGGGCAGAACUGCUGGCCGCAUAUGGCCAACGGCUUCAGCACCUCCCUGUGGCUCAGGGCCCACAUUACAUCCCGGGGCGAGGGCCCCCCUGAACCCGGGUAUAUGAAGAGGAAGCCAGGACCAGUGAGGAACAGCAGUGUGGAGAGCACAGAGGAGGAGCCGUCGCUGGGGGCCGAGCGCCUCAUCUCGUCUCGCUGCCUGGACCGGCUGGUGGAGCAGGGCUUCCUCCACAUCAUCUCGCUGGGCUCGAAGGCGCUCAUGCUGCAGGUGUGGGCCGACCUCUCCACAGGUGCCGUCACCUUCAGGAUCUGCAUGGAUCCCAAUGAUGAGAUGAAGGCUGGACUCCUGGCGCAGGCUGAAUCGCCAGAGGGCCUCCUCGUGCCCGGAAAGUGGCAGCACCUGGCACUCAGCUACACCCAGCAGCCCGAGGGCAAGAAAAACAUCCACGGCACGGUGACACUGUGGGUGUGCGGGGUCAGGAAGUGUGAGGUCUUCCUGGACUACAUGCUGCCCCGGAAACCGGGCCUGUCCUCCGAUAGCAAUAAGACCUUCUGCAUGCUGGGCCACUGCCUGCCGGCCCCCGAGGAUGUGGCCAGGCUGGGCGGGGGCUGGGACAUCGGCAGCCUGCUGCUCUUCAACGGCUCCCGGAUCGGGCCCGAGGAGGCCUUCUACCUGUACGCCAGCGGGCCUGACCUCACCUCCAUCAUGCCCUGCAAGUACGGCAAGGCGCGGGUCCAGCUCUCCCGCUAUGUGACCCGCGAGGGACUGCAGUGUGAGCGCGUACGCGAGCUGCUCAUGAGGAACCGUCACGCGGACACAGCACCGCUCAUCGAGAACCUAGCAGUGGUGUACACCCCCAGCUGCCCCACCCAGUACACCAUCUACGAGCCGGUGAUCCGCCUGAAGGGCCAGGCCAAGACUGUGGUUUCUCAGAGACCCUUCAGCACCAAGGAGGCCCAGAGCUCGGCGCUGGAUGCCCAGGCCCUGGCAACGCUGCGGCCCACUGAGCCCCAGGGGCUGCAGAGCGUCCUGCACAAGAUAGGAGGCGCCGGUGCUUUCGUCUUCCUCUUCGCCCGGGUUGUGGAGCUCAGUGACUGUGAGAGAACCCAGGCCCUGGUCCUACAGGUGCUGCUCUCAUUGGUCAAGUACAACCAGCACCGCCUUCAUGAGAUGGAAAACUGCCACGGAUACGCUAUGAUCCACCAGGUUCUCAUCAAGUCCAAGUGCAUCGUGGGAUACCACAUCCUAAAGACCCUUCUUGAUGGCUGCUGCAGCGGGCCAGUUUUGAUUUUGGGUGAGGAUGGCCAAUUUCGGCUGGACACGGAGUCCACCGCUGUGGUCCAGGACCUCACGCUGAUGUCUGAAGUGCUCCUUGACUGGAAAAUCUGGUCCAAGGCUCAGUGUGGCGUGUGGGAGACCCUGCUGGCGGCACUGGAAAUCCUGAUCCGGGUUCACCACCCUCAGCAGAUGUUUAACAUCUGCCAGCUACUCAACGCCCAGGUGGUGCACCGCUUCCUGCUCACCUGCCAGGUGCUUCAGGAGCACAAGGAUGAGCAUCUAACCUCCAUGCCCCAGGACGUCUGCCUGUCCUUUGUGAAGAUCAUCCAGGAGGUGCUGGGUUCUCCACCAGACCUGGAGCUUCUGCGGCUCAUCUACAGCUUCCUGCUGGCUGUCCACCCCCCCACCAACACCUACGCCUGCCACACACCCCCCAGCUUCUACUUCUCCCUGCACGUUGAGGGAAAGCUCUACAACGAGAAGGUGCAGUCCAUCAUAUUCCUUCGCUAUUCCGGAAGCAGCGGCAGAUCUGCGGCCAGCUCUGUCCUGUCUCUGUCGCCAACACCAUUCCUGGAGGUACCUCCGGAAGAUCACAUGGCCCCGCCCUCCCCAGGGCAGGAGAAUGAGCUACACCCGCCACGGCCCCCCAGCCUGACCGUGUCCCCACGUUGCUCCUCCCCGUUGCUGGAGCGCAACGGUGUCUCCCUGUCAUCGCAGCAGACCCAGAGCAGCACGGAGACAGUACGACAGGGCGCAGAGGGCGGGCCUGGGGGCGAGGGGCUUCUCAGCAGCUGCGAGUCGGCCCGCACACUCUGCAACUCGCAGGAGGCCCUGUCGGUGGCCGCAGAGGGCGAGGCGGAGCUGGAGGAGCGUGAGGAGGGGCUGCAGAGGCCCGACAGCCUGCGGGGGAUCCAGCCCUUCCAGAGAAGCCAGAGCAAUUUGGCCAGCCUGGGUCUGGCCUUCCCUGCCCAGAAUGGCGGCCUAGCGGCCGGGCGCUGGCCCAGCCUGGCUGACCGCAAUGCCCUCCCCGAGGACUGGGAGAGUUACACCUUCUCCCCCGGGUACGAGAGGACGUUCAGCAAGGCUGACUCCACCUCCGAUAGGUCCGGGGCGGAGGACUGCCUGGUUCUCGUCUGCUGCGGCCUAUACGACCUCCUGCGGGGGGUGCUGCUCCUGCUGCCUGACCUCCUGCUGGAGGAGGUGAUGGACAAGCUGGUGCAGCCCGAGGCCCUCGUCGUGCUCGUCAACCACCCCUCCCCGCUCAUUCAGCAGGGUGUCAUGAAGCUGUUGGAUGCCUACUUCACCCGGGCAACCAAGGAGCAGAAGGAGAAGUUCCUGAAGAACCACGGCUUCUCGCUGCUGGCCAAUCAGCUAUACCUGCACCAGGGCACCCAAGGCCUGCUGGAGUGUUUUCUGGAGAUGCUGUUCAGCCGACCAGUGGGCCUGGAGGAGGAGUUGGACCUGGAGGACCUGGAGAACAUCGCCCCCUUCAGGAAGCGCUGCAUCAUCCCCAUGCUGGGCCUGAUUGAGAACGGACUGUGUGAGAAUGCACUGGUGCACAACGCCCUCUGCAUGCUGCUGCAACUGCUCAACGCCUGCCCCAAGAUGGCAGACAUCCUGUUGGAUCACGGCCUGCUCUAUGUGCUCUUCAACACGCUGGCCACCCUCCACGGCCUGGAGAAUGGGAUCCCCCUGAACGACUACAAGCUGUUGGUGUGUGACAUCCAGCAGCUGAUGGUGGCCGUGACCAUCCACUCGUGCAGCACGUCGGGCUCCCAGUACUUCCGCAUCAUCGAGGACCUCGUCACGCUGCUGGGCUACCUACAGAGCAGCAAGAUUCGCCGCACCCAGGAGAUGGCAGUGGCGCUGCAGUUCCGGGUCCUCCAGGCCGCCAUCGAGUUCAUCAGGACCACGGCCGACCAGGACCCCCAGAAGGCGGGCGGCUCGGCCCAGCAAGCCGCCUCCCCGCCCUCAUCACCUCACCACCUCCUCCAGAAACGCAAGAGCAUCGCCGGCUCCAUGGCCUUGAAAGACGCCAUAAUCCCCAGCAUCCCCAGGCAGCAUUACUGCUCCUACGGCAUGAUUCCGCUGCCCAUGCCCUUCAGCUUCCUGUCCCAGGAGUCCCCUGUCUCGUGCCCCGCCAGCUCCUAUGUCUUCCCCACUGACACAGGCCGGCGCCGGUUCUCCCUCGUCCAGUCAGACUCACUGCUGAUGAGGAUGCGCUCGGUGGCGAGCGACGAGCUGACCCACAUGAUGCAGCGCCGCAUGAGUCAGGAGAACCCCAUCCGAGCCAGCGAGUCCGAGUUCAUCCAGAGGCUUCAGAGGCUGGUGGUGCUGGCCGUCAACCGGCUCAUCUACCAAGACGUCACUCGGGACAUCUUUGACCUCUUGAACCUUCCUGAGACCCCCGGCCACCAAGGGGCGCCAGCUGGCCCUGGGGAGACAACAUCGGAGGAGAACGGUGCAAUGCCCGUCCCCACCAGCAGGAAAAGCUUCCAGAAGGAAAUCCUCAAACUCAUGAUGGAGGGCAUAAAGGUUGGCUUGGGCAGUUCUGGCCGGAGUGGCGCCCCCCGCCAGCAGUGGCGGCGAAUCCUGUGGUCGUGCCGCGACACCUUCCGGGUGCAGAUCGGGCGGCUGCUGGUGCACGCGCUCAGCCCCACGCAGCCGCUGGAGGACAGGAAGGAGGCGCUGGAGUUCGUCCGGGAGCCCAGCCACCCCGACAUCCUCCGCGAGAGUCUGAGCCCCGGUCUGGAGCACGGCCCCAAGCUGGCCCUCUACCUCUACGAGAUGCUGCACGACCACAAGGACAGCCUGACCAAGGACGAGCGAUCGGCCGUGGGCGUCUUCAUGACCACUCUGAAGCUCUGCGGCCACCGCUGCAUCCCGCCUGGCGCCCCGGCAAAGCCCGACCUCAUCAAGGCCAUCAAGGAGGAGCAGCUCAAAUACGAAGCGGAAGAGAGCAUGAGCAGAGCGGCAUGGGAGAGGAAGAUGAGCAGCACCCAGAAGAGUCUGAUGCAGAGGCUGGACGGCAAGCUGAAGGACAUCUCGAAGAUCGCGGCCGACAUCACGCAGAACAUCUCGCUGCGGCAGGGCAUGGAGCGGAAGAAGGUGAUCCAGCACAUCCGCAGCCUUUACAAGGUGGACCUCAGUGCCAGCCGCCACUGGCAGGAGCUGGUACAGCAGCUGACCCACGACCGGGCGGUGUGGCACGACCAGGCUUCCUAUCCCACCUCGUGGCAGCUGGACGCCACGGAGGGUCCCAACCGGGAGCGGCGGCGCCUACAGCGGUGCUACCUCACCAUACCCAACAAGUAUCUCCUCAGGGAUCGACAGAAACCGGAAGAACGCACAAAGCCAAUCCUGUCGUUCCUCUUCGAGGACAAAACGCACUCCUCUUUCUCCUCCACGGUGAAGGACAAGGCGACGAGCGAGGCUAUCAGGUUCACCAGGAAGUGCAUCAGCGUGGCUCCUUCCAGGGAGACGGCAGGAGAGCUUCUCCUGGGGAAGUCCGGCAUGUACUUUGUGGAGGAUAAUGCCGCAGACUCACACGACAGCCAGAUGCUCCACGGGGAGACGGAGCCGGCCUCCUUCUCCUGGACUUACGAGGAGAUUAAGGAGGUCCACAAGCGCUGGUGGCAGCUGCGAGACAACGGUGUGGAGAUCUUCCUCACCAACGGAAGGACCCUGCUCCUGGCCUUCGACAACACUAAGUUCCGAGACGAUGUCUACCAGAACAUCCUGACCUCCAACCUGCCCAAUCUGCUGGAGUACGGCAACAUCACAGCGCUGACGCACCUGUGGGCCUCGGGCCAGAUCACGAACUUCGAGUACCUGACGCACCUGAACAAGCACGCGGGACGCUCCUUCAACGACCUCAUGCAGUACCCAGUGUUCCCCUUUAUCCUCAGCGACUACACCAAUGAGACCAUGGACCUCACAGACCCCACCAUCUACAGGAAUCUGAGCAAACCCAUUGCGGUUCAGUCCAAGGAGAAGGAGGAGCGCUAUGUGGAUAACUACAAGUACCUGGAGGAGGAGUUUCGGAAGGGUGCCUGCGAGGACGACCCCAUGCCCCCCGUACAGCCCUAUCACUACGGCUCGCACUACUCCAACAGCGGCACCGUGUUGCACUUCCUGGUUCGCAUGCCACCUUUCACCAAGAUGUUCCUGGCCUACCAAGACCAGAGCUUUGACAUCCCAGACCGGACGUUCCACUCUAUGAACACUACAUGGCGCCUUUCCUCCUACGAGUCCAUGACCGACGUCAAAGAGCUCAUUCCCGAGUUCUUCUACCUGCCCGAGUUUCUGGUCAACAGGGAAGGCUUCGACUUCGGAGUGCGUCAGAACGGCGACCGGGUCAACCACGUGAACCUGCCGCCGUGGGCUCGCAGCGACCCGCGCCUCUUCAUCCUGAUCCACCGGCAGGCGCUGGAGUCGGACCAGGUGUCGCAGACGCUGUGCCAGUGGAUCGACCUGGUCUUCGGGCUCAAGCAGAAGGGCAAGGCUGCCGUACAGGCCAUCAACGUCUUCCACCCUGCGACGUACUUUGGUAUGGACGUAUCUGCCGUCGAGGACCCCGUGCAGCGGCGCGCCCUGGAGACCAUGAUCAAGACGUACGGCCAGACUCCGCGGCAGCUGUUCAGCAGCAGCCACGCGAGCCGAGCAGGACCCCGGCUCUCCAUCGACGGCGAGCUGCCGGCCGCCGUAGGGCUGCUGGUGCAGCUGGCCUUCAGGGAAACCCGCGAGCAGCCGAAGGAGGUGUCCGGCCCGAGCCCCCUGCCUUGGAUCAAGGGCCUGAAGUGGGGCGAGUACGUGGGGUCGCCCAGCGCCCCGGACCCCGUGGUGUGCUUCAGCCAGCCGCACGGCGAGCGCUUCGGCUCCCUGCUGGCCCUGCCCACGCGCGCCGUCUGCGGCCUGUCCCGCAAGUUCUGCCUCAUGAUGAUCUACAGCAAGGAGCAAGGGGUGCGGAGCAUGCACAGUACGGACAUCCAGUGGUCGGCUAUCCUGAGCUGGGGCUACGCGGACAACAUGCUGCGUCUGAAGAGCAAACAGAGCGAGCCGCCCGUCAACUUCAUCCAGUGCUCCCAGUUGCAUCAGGUGACCAGCUGUGCUUGGGUGCCUGACAGCUGCCAGCUGUUCACGGGCAGCAGGUGUGGCGUCAUCACGGCCUACAGCAAUCGCUUCACCAGCACCACGCCCUCGGAGAUGGAGGUGGAGUCCCAGAUGCAUCUGUUUGGCCACACCGGGGAGGUCCUCUGCCUGUUUGUGUGCAAGCCCUACAGCAUCCUCAUCAGCGCCAGCGAGGACGGGACCUGUAUCCUCUGGGACCUCAACAGGCUGUGCCACGUCCAGAACCUCAUGGGUCAUAAGAGCCCCAUCUCGGCAGUGUCUGCCAGCGAGACCACGGGGGACAUCGCUACAGUGUGCGACUCGGUGGGCGGCGGCAGCGACCUGCGUCUGUGGACGGUGAACGGAGAUCUGAUCGGCCACGUCCACUGCAGGGAGAUCAUCUGCUCUGUGGCUUUCUCCAACCAGCCGGAGGGUGUGUCUGUCAAUGUCAUUGCGGGGGGGCUGGAGAACGGGGUGGUCAGGCUGUGGAGCACGUGGGACCUGAAGCCCGUCCGGGAGAUCACAUUCCCCAAGUCCAGCAAGCCCAUCGUCAGCCUGACGUACUCAUGCGACGGACACCACCUGUACACGGCGAACAGCGAGGGCACGGUGAUGGCCUGGUGCCGGCGUGACCAGCAGCGUCUCAAGCUGCCCAUGUUCUACUCCUUCCUCAGCAGCUACGCUGCUGGCUGACCCCCCCCCCACCUGCUCCACGUCGCCCUCUAGGGGCGUUCAGACUUCUGUGACGGGGGCGGGGCGGCUGGGAGGAGGCUGAUGCACCAAACCUAGUCAGACCUCCCCCCACGCAGACCCCAAGCGGACCAGAACUGUGUGCGUUCAGUGAUGACAAGGAUGUAGUGAUGCUUAAUUAUGUUUGUAUGUGUAUUUAUAUAUGACUGACACUAGGGGGAAUGAUGGUUAAAUGCUUAAACCAUGGAUGCCUCUUCCAUUCUGAGUGUUGUUUUGUUUGUGUUUUUUUUCAGUAUUGCCUUAAAGAUGUACUUUUGUUUGUUUGUCUGUUUUUCCCUGAGAAGUCUUAAAUCAUGGUAUACGCACUGUGUCUGUCCCACUGGUGUUCUGUUUUCUGGUUGGGCCACUGCGGACACACUCAGCUCGGACCCCACCAAGCAAACAGCAUCCCGAUCGCUAACAGGCCGACUGCAUAGAUGUCACGCCUCACCGGAACCUCCUCAGCAUCGUCGACUUCAGUUCUUCUCAGCGCCCCCUGAAGGCUAGGAGGAGACACGGUCCACAAUGGCCAGCACUCCCUUCAAUAUUAACUGCUUUGAGGCUGCGGGGAAAGUUUCAAUUAGUCUUGGACCCGCUCCUCCCUGCUUUGUUGGAGGUGAGGAAGACUGUGGCCCAAGCCUUAAUUUCUGAUGGACAGUGGCCUUGAAUUAGCUUUGGUCUACAAAACAACGCAAGGGUUCUGUUGCUGUUACUUCUGACCAGAUAACGUGAAGCUUAUUACUAUAAGCUUAGUACACUGUUUUUGUUUUGUUUUUUGUUUUUUUUACUUUUCAGAUUUUGUUGUCGGUGGUGUGGGAUCCCCAGCUUCUUUGAGAGCACAGCAUGAACAGUGGUCGGGGGGGGGAGGGGGCAUGGCACAUCCUCAGUUUUGUGUUUUGGACUCGCUGCACUAUACAUUACAUUACAUUACAUGCACCCAUAAUCAGUGUCUCAAAAUAAAUCGCCUUUACGUCAUGUGGCCACGCCACCUGCUGGCGGCGCUGCGGUACUGUCGGGCCCAUCGCAUCAAUCGCAGAGCCACAUUGCGCUACCCAAUCAAAAGACGAAUAAGAACUGGCAAUGUGUGACUCUAUUGCUUGUCAGUGUGGUCAGUAAUUUGAAGGGGGGGGGGUGCACUUGUAGAGGCUGGUUGAUAAUAUCAGUGCAAUGGGACCUGCCUCUGCUAGUCUCGCCGGCUAUUUGUAGUCCCCCCCCCUAGUUUCUGCUGUAAGGUCCUUAAAUGCACGCAGUGCAUGUUUUCAUCCAGCAAUACAGACUCUGUCUAUAGCAGCACUGACUGUUUUGUAGAGGAUGCUGGCGGACGGCCGCAUAUUUGCGGUCUCAGGGUCACUGGCGGUUUUCCAGAACCAGGCCCAUUUAAUCAAUUACCAGCGCCUGAGUGCAUGAUGCACGGCCGCGUGCUAAAAAGCCUUAAAAAAAGACAUAAUAAAAAAUCCCCAGACACCUGAAAAGUAACUGCGGGGGAGAAGCAUUAAAAUCAUAUUGUGCGUGUUUACAAAGCUGGCGGUCGUUCGGAGCUCCCUUUUAAGUUGGUAAUAAAUAUGGUAAUUACGAAACUGUGUCUUACACUUCGGCAUUUCGCUGAAAUAAAAAAGUGUUUACGUGAAUGGGAGCUCUCGUUUAGCAACCACCACAAUUAGCGCUCUUUCUUCGUCUCCUUUUUACAUCCACUGCGGAUGGUCUUAGCUAAAGAAGCCUGAAUGGUAAAAAAUAUAUAAGAGUCUUUCCUCACCGCCCGGAGAGCCUGACAGCUGCAUGGUCAGGAGAGGCAGCGGAACCCGGAGCGCGACCUGCAUGGCAGCAUGACCCCGCGUGUCCGGUCCGGCGGCACGGGGAGGCAACCUCAGAGAGAAAAUAGUAUUAUGGCCGUUUGUGUUUCCAAAAAUCACAAAAAAAAAAGAGACGACGACGACAGGACCUAUCGCGUCGACUUUGUGAAGCUCUGGACUUUGGGAAUGGAUGUGAUUCUCCGUCAAUUUCCACCUUUGGUAUGAAUAUGACCUUAGCCGUAACUGAGAAGGUCACGGGAUAAGUGGACACGUGUUUCUUAUUUUUUUUGUACCCAUGUAUGUACGAAGUGAUGGAAAAUUAAAAUUAUUAUAUAUAAAUAUAUAAAUACAAAUAUGAAUAUUUAAGAAAUGGAACAUUGACUGCUUACUUUGCAUGUAAAUUAUAGAUUUGGAUACAGCUGUA